AUGUGCAACGAAAUUAUGCGUCUUAAAGUGCCUAAUCCACCACCGAAACUUGGACGACAACCCCAACAGUAUUUUACUGGACGGUAUAGUUUAUCAGCAGUGGCGUCUCCUUCAAAACGAAACCACGACGACUCGGAACAUCGGUCUGCAAGUGGUCUAGCCACCCCUUCCUCCUCAAACUCUGAACAUCAGAACACUUCAACUACCAAUACUUGGCCCUUUCCAACUCCUACAAGCUCUAGGCCUGUAAAAAGACGUAGGAGGUCAUCUUCAUCUUCGUCCCAUUCAGAUAUGCAAGAGUCUGACAUGGUGGCUGCUAACGGAACACACUCUUCGGACGCUCACUCUCAUGCCAACGGUCACUCGACCACUACUCCAAAUGGUGCAUCAAAGCAAAGACCACCUAGAGAUGAAGAAGUCGUACGCAUCAUCAUUCAGGCAUUACAGGAUAUGGGUUACAAAUCCUCAGCUGAUUUGCUGCAGAAAGAAUCAGGCUUUGUGUUAGAAUCAUCAUCUGUAUCGCAGUUUCGCUCUGGUGUCUUAGCUGGCCAGUGGCAACAAGUAGAAGACUUGUUACCUUCACUUGUCACUGAUUCUAACGCUCAGCAAAAUGUACUCUUCUUGUUGCGGCGUCAAAAGUACCUCGAGUCACUAGAGAAACGUGAUAUGAAGAAGGCAUUGAUUGUAUUGAGGAAUGAAUUGACGCCAUUGACUGCUACUGCUCCAAGAUUACAUCUUUUGACUAGUUUCUUGAUGUGCUCUGGUGUCGAUGAUUUGAAGAAAAAGGCUGCUUGGGAUGGUGCUGAUGGUGUCUCCCGGCAUGAGCUUUUGGCUGAAGUGCAAAAGCACAUAUCGUCUGCUGUCAUGAUACCGGAACGGAGACUCGAUUCGUUAUUGGAUCAAGCGAUACAGUUGCAAAAGAUGAGCUGCAUGUAUCAUAACACGAACGAAGACAACAUCUCACUAUAUACCGACCACUCUUGUGAUCGAAACGAAUUCCCAUGCGAGACAACACACGUCUUGCAAGAACACUCAGAUGAAGUUUGGUUUGUUGCCUUUUCUCAUAAUGGAUUGUAUCUUGCUUCGGCAUCCAAAGACAACACUGCCAUCAUUUGGAGUCUUGAAGACUGUAAGCCACUCCAUAUCUUGACCGGACAUAAAGACUCUGUAUCUGCCGUCGCAUGGAGUCCUGACGAUUCACUACUACUUACUGCAUCUAAUGAUCAUCUCGUCAAGUUAUGGAAUACCAAGACGGCCUUCUGUGAGCAGACACUAUCACGACACACAGAGAAUGUGACAUCAUGCGCUUGGCUUCCCGAUGGUGACCGUUUUGUCUCCGCAUCUCACGACAAGAACAUAUUUAUGUGGAAUACGGAUGGCGAUGUUUUACAUCGAUGGCAGGGCACGCGAGUCACAGAUCUAGUAGUAACUCCUGAUGGCAAGAAGAUGAUUGCUAUCUGCCAUGAGAAGAAGAUCAGAUUGUAUGAUCUGGAAACGAGAACCGAGACUACGUGUAUACAAGAAACAGAUUCAAUCACAUCGAUAUGCGUUGCAAACGACUCUCGGCAUGUUCUAGUCAAUUUGUCGGUCAAGGAGAUACACUUGUGGGACUUGGAAGAGAGGAGACUUCUCAAAAAGUUUGUUGGGCAACAACAAGGCCGUUUUGUAAUUAGAUCUUGCUUUGGAGGUGUCAACCAGAACUUUAUCUUGUCUGGAAGCGAAGAUAAUAAUGUCUAUGUCUGGCAUCGAGAACAUGGUGUUCUGAUUGAGAAGUUGAGUGGACACACAGGAUGUGUGAAUAGUGUCGCAUGGAAUCCACGGUUCAACAUGUUCGCCUCUGCAUCCGAUGACCAUACUAUACGUGUAUUCGAAUGCACUGGAAUGACAUCCACAUAG